AUGGCUGAGGGUACCCGUCUUAAAACUCUGGAUGAGGCCAUUCGACGUUUGCAGGAGGCGUCCUCCCUCCAUGAAUCUUCUUUGGGUUCCCUCCAGUCGUCGCUGGUGGAUUUGGCUCAAGUCUCCACUACUAAUCACCAGUCUGUCAACGACGUCACUAACCGCGUGACUGCUAUGGAUGGUAAACUCGAACAGGUGUUGCGUUUGGCGCGCACUUCCCUCCCUGGUUCCAGUAGUUCUAAGGCGGUAGUGGACCCACAAGGAACGCCCAUUCCAACGGCUACGAUGGUAACAUCUCCUACGGGUGACUAUGUCGCGGGCCCUUUGGGGUCACUACACUCUGGGUCUGUUCGGUUGGAAUUUCCUCGUUUUGACGGGACGAAUACGUUAGAAUGGAUUUCUAAAUCGGAGCAGUUUUUUCAUCUCUUCCACACGUCUGAGGCUCAAAAGGUGGAACUUGCUUCGUAUCAUCUUGAUGGUCCGGCAUGGCAGUGGUACCAGUGGGCCACUUCGGACUCGGUUUUUGCUUCUUGGACCUUGUUCGCUCGUUCCUUAGAGACUCGAUUUGGUCCUACGUCUUUGGACGACCACGGAUCUGCUUUAGCCAAGCUCACGCAAAUCGGAUCCCUGGCCGAUUUCCUAUCGCAAUUCGAGCUCCUUUCUAAUCGAGUUCCCCAAUUGCCGGAAACAUUUCGCCUGAGUCUACUUCUUUCUGGGCUGCAUCAUGAUAUCCAACAUGAUGUGGGAAUUUGCAAGCCCACAAUUGUUAACAAUGCUAUUGGGUUAGCUCGUCUUCAUGAUGCUAAAUUACAGGCUUUGCGCAAGCAACCAGCCAGUGUUGGGCCCCCACGUCUAGAUUUCCGGCCUACAAUUCAAGUUCGUGAGCCUCUCUUGCCUACUCCUACUAAGGCCCAACCACCACCAACACUGAGUCCACCUUUACCUGCCCCAACUUUUCCAUCCACUGCCAAUUUGCCUGUUCAACGUAUGACUACAGCGGAGAUGCAGAGGAAACGUGAGCUUAACCUCUGUUAUCAUUGCGAUGCUACGUAUGUUCCGGGCCAUCGUUGUCCAGCACGCCGACAACUUUUCUAUUUAGAUCUGGUCGAUUCGGUGGAGGAUGAGCCUGUACAACCAGAUCGACAAUUGGCCGAGGAAUUGCAAAUUGCUGACUUGCAACCUCCUCUUGACUCGGUCCAACCUUCCACAGAAACGGCAAUCUCGUUUCAUGCAUUAACUGGGUAUUCUCAUCCUACUACCUUACGCUUUCUUGCACAGGUGAAUGGCACCCAAUUGCAGACUCUGGUUGAUGGGGGAAGCACUCACAAUUUUGUUCAGACACGUGUUGCCAACGCUCUGGGUUUUCCAAUUGAGGUUGUUCCUUGUCUUUCAGUGAGUGUGGGAAAUGGCGAGAAGUUAUCUUGCGAAGGUUGUAUUCGCCACGUUCCUGUCCAUAUUCAUAACAUUACUUUCAUUGUUGAUUUAUAUGUCGUUCCAAUACAUGGUGCUGAACUUGUGUUGGGAGUUUCUUGGCUAGCAACCGUUAAUCCUAUCACCUAUGAUUAUGUUCAGAAAGAAAUUACAGUGCAUCACCAGGGUCUUCCAGUUCGCUUAUCCGCUAUGGCUUCCGCACUGCCACAGGCAGUAGAUUAUCAUCACUUGCGGCGUUUGAUACACUCUGGGGCUGUGGGCACUUGUUUGCAAUUGACAUUGGAAUUCCAUUCGGUUCAGGGUAUGGUAGAGUCCGAGGAUCCUAAACUGGAUGUGUUACUCAGUCGAUAUGAGGAUGUUUUCAAAAAAACUCAAGGGCUUCCCCCUCCUCGCCCGACAGAUCAUGCCAUCCAUCUACUACCAGGCACAAACCCAGUCAAUGUUAAGCCUUAUCGCUACCCGUAUUUUCAGAAAACAGAAAUUGAACGUUUAGUGUAG